AUGUGCAAAGUCACUCUAACUGCAGCCUCUUCCUCCAGGCUGGUGUGUUACUAUCAAGGUUCAAGAAACUAUAACAGCGAGGCUGAAAAUAGAGCGGACUACGGGAAGUUCACAAUUUCAGAUAUUGAUCCGAACAAGUGUACCCAUCUGAUCUAUGCUUUUGCCGACAUCGACAACCAAAAUGAACUGGUCCCAAGCAGUGCGACUGACAUACAACGCUAUCAGUCCUUUAAUGGACUCAAAACCAGAAAUCCAGCACUCAAAACCCUGUUGGCAGUUGGUGGCUUGACCUUUGACACACAAAAAUUUACUGCAAAGGUGGCCACAACACAAAACAGAGAAACGUUCAUCCAGUCUGCUAUUAAACUACUGAGAGAAAGUGGGUUUGAUGGCCUAAACCUUGACUGGAGGAACCCUGGAGGAGCUGGAAGCCCAUCACAGGACAAGCAGAGUUUCACAAUGCUUUGCAAGGAGCUCAAGGAAGCAUUUGUGUCUGAGGGGAAAGCAGCCAACCGUGACAGCUUAAUCGUCGCUGCUAGUGUCUCUGCUGAGAAAGCAACCAUCGAUGCCAGUUAUCAAGUCCCACAGAUUGCCAUGCACCUGGAUUUCAUUAAUGUGUUGACAUUUGAUUUUCACGGCCCCUGGGAAAGUGUCACAGGACAUCACAGCCCCUUAUACAAGGGAUCCCAGGACACAGGGAACAAAACCUACUCUAACACUGACUAUGCUAUGCGGUAUUGGCGGGACCAGGGAGCACCAGCACAAAAGCUAAACUUGGGGUUAGCGGCAUACGGGAGAGCUUUUGAUCUCUCCACUGCCUCCAGUGAUGUUGGAGCACCAGCGAAUGGUCCUGGUGAAGAAGGAUGUUACACUGGGGAAGAGGGAUUCUGGGCUGCUUAUGAGACUUGCCUUUAUCUUGAUGGAGUUACAACCGAGCUGAUACCUGAUCAGAGAGUUCCAUAUGCCACCACAGAAAAUCAGUGGGUUGGAUUUGACAACAAAGAAAGCCUCGAUAUUAAGGUCAGUUACCUAAAGAUGAACAACUUUGGAGGAGCAUUUCUUUGGUCUCUCGACCUGGAUGAUAUGAAUGGAGAGUUCUGCAGAAUGGGCAGCAAUCCCCUCAUCAGCCAUCUGUAUAAUCUCCUGCUGCUGUACCACAACCACAUCAAUGCCUACGACCACAACUCUACCUACCACAACCACAACAAUGCCGACCACCACAGCUCUACCUACCACAACCACAACAAUGCCGAUGACCACAACUUCCUCUACCACAACCACAUCAAUGCCUACGACAACAACUCUAUCUACCACAACCACAGCAUUGCCUACGAUCACAAUUCUACCUACCACAACAAUGCCGACCACCACAACUCUACCUACCACAACCACAGCAUUGCAUACGACCACAAUUCUACCUACCACAACCACAUAAAUGCCUACGACCACAACUCUAUCUACCACAACCACAGCAUUGCCUACAACCACAAUUGUACCUACCACAACAAUGCCAACCACCACAACUCUACCUACCACAACCACAACAAUGCCGACCACCACAGCUCUACCUACCACAACCACAACAAUGCCUAUGACCAAAACUUCCUCUACCACAACCACAUCAAUCAUUGCCUACGACCACAACUCUAUCUACCACAACCACACAUUGCCUACGACCACAACUCUACCUACCACAACCACAACAAUGCCAACCACCACAGCUCUACCUACCACAACCACAACAAUGCCUACGACCAAAACUUCCUCUACCACAACCACAUCAAUGCCUACAACCACAACUCUAUCUACCACAACCACAGCAUUAACUACGACCACAAUUCUACCUACCACAACAAUGCCGACCACCACAACUCUACCUACCACAACAACGGAAAUGCCUACAACCACAACUCUACCUACCACAACCACAGAAUUGCCUACGACCACAAUUCUACCUACCACAACGACAUCAAUGCCUUCGACCACAACUCUAUCUACCACAACCACAGCAUUGCCUACGACCACAAUUCUACCUACCACAACCACAACCACCACAACUCCCUCUACCACAACCACAUCAAUGCCUACAACAACAACUCCCGUUACCAAACCCACCACCACUCCCACCACCACAACUGCCGCUUCUGGAAGUUUUUGUGCCGGGCAGCCCGACGGCUACUACAGAAGCCUGGACAAUCCCGCCAACUUCUAUCGGUGCUUCGAGGGAAUAAUAUUCCUUCACAGUUGCCCAGAUGGUCUCAUUUUCAAUGA